AUAUAUAUACAUACACUUUACACACACGAGAGAAAUUAACUUGGAAACAAACACCAACAAGGAAGAGACUCCUUCCCAAUAAAUCACAGAAGAGAUCCAAAAAAAAACAACGAAGGAGAGAGGCGCGUGAGAUUUAAUUUUUUUUCAUGGCUGGUUUGCAGAGAUCUUCAGUAUCGUUCAGGCGACAAGGCUCGUCGGGAUUAAUAUGGGACGACAAACUCUUUUCCGGCGAAUUGAAUCAAAUCGCCGACCAAAGGAAGGGAGAUAAAAAUAUCAGACCGCGGCGAGUGGAUGGCACCGGCGCCGCCGCCGCCGCCGGAUUGACGAUCCAGAGGAGCCGAUCCAACGGCUUCAGGACUGGAAAAGUUGCGCCUGCGAUAGAGCCGCCGUCGCCUAGGGUUUCCGCCUGCGGACUCUGCGGUGCUUUUGGUAAGAGUAAUAAGACGCGCCGCCGCCCUCCCAAAACAGGGAAGCGCGUGGCGUGAUGCCGCGACGGUGUAAGACGUCCAUCUCGAUGAUCAAUCAAUUCAUGCAAAUUUAUUUUUAAUUUAAAUAAUUAUUUAAGAAUUUUAUUUUAGGAUAUAUAGGUUA